GGCAUAGCCUUUAUGGAGUAUGAUGUAUUAUUAUAGCAGAGAGCAUCGAUAACUCUCUAGACCAUGUAUGCACACAGGUGUCCGUAUGAAGAAAUAUUAUCCACAAAAUACGUGACUAACCUUAGCUUUCCCUUGCGAAGAAAAAAGGCGCUGUAAGAGUGAUGUUAGGCGCGCACAUUUGAGACUUAGCGACAUUAUGGUCUAAACGAACACAUUUGACUCGAGGCCCAGCCCUCCUUCGCGCAGACCUGAACUAUGUCUAUGGAAAGGCGGGGAGGGGGAGCGUAGUAUCAGCGGUAAUCAGCGGUAGGUGUAGAGCGACGGUUGUGUUCGUCCUACCCGUGCGUGUAUGUAUGUAUAGAUGAAUGUGUAUGUUAGAGAGAGAGAUAGAUAGAAUGCAUACUCGUCCGUUAGUCCGUACCGUGUUGUCUUGUACGUGUUGGGUUCUCCAGUGAAGCGCAGUACUCGGAGGGCCGCAGGUCGUUUGGGGGCCAGUGGCUCACGUCACACACAGGCCAAGCAAGCAGGCAAGCAAACCAACAACGGUGCUUCUGUCCAGCUGAGUGCAGCAGCAGCAUCAACGGGUCUUCUCGUCGGCCUAGCUGCAUAAAGCGCUGUUUUUUUUUCUUCUCUAAACUGCUUAUGUUGUAAUGGUGCCUGGGCUUUUGGCCAUUGUAGCUACCUCACAGAACGGCGCACUGUUUCGUCUUUUUUCUUGAUCAUUUCUCGACCAAGGACCCAGUAAAGCUGCUGGAUUCGCAAUUCAAUCAAAAUAGCCAAAGCCACCUUUAAAUAAGGACACGAUAGUUCUCUUCAGUUGCUGCUAACGCUAUUGCUCCGCUUGGUAAAACGGCCACUAUUUCUUUAUACGGACGCAUAUAGAAACACGGUCAAUAGUUAACCCGUGACGGACGGCGGCACAACGUGAAAAACCGUGGCUUUUCAGUGUAGGUGGAAGUACGGAUGUAAAAGUGGAAGUCCACGAAAGGCUAAACCCUGGGUGAGGAGAUUGUAGGGGGUGCAGGUGAGCAUAGUGAGAAUAGCAGGACGUAUCGUCGUCGUGUGUACGGGACAGCGUAAAAUAUAGCCCACGGCACCACGAUGAACGGCGGAGCGUACGGCGCCGGUAAAGCGGCCUCCGGGCAAGGCUUUGAUGCUGUGGGUUUCCUAAUGCGACCACACGUUAUGCUGCGGUCGUUGUGCUGGCUAUUCUCGGUGGUAGUUUUUGCGUGUAUUUCAACGGAAGGCUGGACUUCAGAUGGCCGAUGUCAAUACGAUGGUGACGAUAGUGCGUGCACUUUGGGAAACGCCGUCGGAGUAGUGGGUUUCCUUGCCGCUUCGGCACUUCUUGUCUGUGAUGCCCUCUUUGAUUCGUUCUCGUCGAUUAAGAUCCGACGGAGGACCGUGAUUGCGGACAUGGCCUUCUGCGCGGCGUGGGCAGUUAUGAGCUUUGUAGCUUUCUGUCACCUUUCGAACUCAUGGCGUCGUGCUCGAAUGCCCUAUGACGGUUAUGGCCUUAACAACGUCCGAGCGGCCAUCGCCUUUUGUUUCUUCGCUAUUCCUGCCUGGGCCGGUUGCAGCUACCUCGCCUAUCUGCGAUACAAACAGGGCCUGGAUGCGAGUCAGUUCAUGUCAACUUACGAUGCAGCUGAGCAGCCUGCUCCCGAUGCGUUGACUUACGGACAGACCAUAGGACACGAAAGUGCGGUGCCUGGUUACGCACAGGCGCCUUUUUCGCAGACGGACAACAAUAUGGUUCAACAACCAGCUGCCACUAAUCCGUUUCAGGCUCCAUCCAACUAAAUGUGAUCGCUGAUAGUAGUAGCCCGAAUGAAUCGAACCCAAAAAGUUCAGCGUGCAACGAAUACAGGAAAAGCAAAGCUAGCCACCGACGUGUCUUGAACGAAUGUGUUGCCGCUUUAGAGAUUCGUUACGCAUUCAGCUAUAGUGCAGCUUUCCAGUACUUAAGAGCCGAGCUCUGCUGAGAACACACACAAACAUACAUGCACUCACAUUAACAACUCGAAAUAGACGCUCAGUUUGAGGGGACGCUCGCCAAAGUCGACGGAAGUAACAUGCAAGCUCUUCAUCACGGUCUAGUCGAAGCGGUCAUCAGCUGAGGCAAACCCGUGUAUCCCACCUGCCCCAACGACCUAAAUCGGCUCUCAUCCAAAUGGCAACGAAUCAAAGGACAACAAAUAUGGGAACAACGAGUACCCUGCAGACGUUGUCAGGAUGCAACUGGAUUCUUUGCCUUUAGGCCGUUUCGUUUUUUCUCUUUUCUGAUUGCCGAUUCUUAACUUCCGUCAGUACUAUGGGGUAACGCGCAAAUCGUAGAGCAUUGAGAAGCAGACUCGAAUGUUAAACUGAAUGGCUUAAAACUAGUACGUACAUAUAUAUAUAUAUAUAGUAUUUAUCACUAUAAUGAACACUAUGGUGUACAUGAUAUAAUUAGAGAAAUAAAACUUUAUAUCACACAACACAGGUAACAUGCAAUGAGAUAACGAUAUCUCAAUCACUACCUAAGUAGAUUUCUAUGUUUCAUUUUUGUGUUCAUUGUUUUUUUGUGUUUCAUUAAUAAUAACAAUUAUAUAUAUAUAUAUAUAUAUAUAUAAUUUGAUAUUGAUACUGUACCACACACCGUAUAUCAACUUGAUGCAAAAUGAUAAUCUGAUCUCCAUCAAUCUGACUCGAACGACGAAUAGUAAACUACUAAUGCCAUUAUGAUACACAGUUUAAUUAGCAUUACUUUUUUCACUAAUUACAUACACAUCAACGAGAUCGCUGUCAGGUGCAAUGAAUCAGCAAAGUGACCGUUUAGGCCAAGCAAUCCUCUCCUGAGCCUGAUUAUCAUUUGGUCAGCUAAACAUUUACUGAUUAAGUCGCAUGGAACUUUUUUGCAUUCACUUAUGAAGAAUGUUUAAUAUCGAUACUGAUCACCAUCCGUCUAUCUAAACACGACUGAUUUUAUACAUAUACGCACAUUGUUUAGGAACGUUAUAACGAGAAAAAUGAGAUUAUAUAGGUUAGAAAAUGAUUUUAGUGAAUCAAUACGUAAUUUGCGUUUACGUAAAUCGUAAUGAUAAUGGUUGGACUAUAACUUUAUCACUAACCAUUAUUGCAUAGAAAAUAAUGAAAGUAUAUCAACAAGAGAGACAAUAGUUUAUGAAUUCAUUUAUUAAUCUAUUUGCGUAGAGAAAAGCGAGGAACGACGAAGGCCAGGCCUUAGCUUGCGCGUGAUAGGAACACCUGUCGAAUAAGAAAGUGGUGUUAAUCUGUUUAUUCUACUAUGUACACUGUUAUUUUGGCGCCUAUUAUAAUUAAUAAUGACGAUGAUGAUAAAAAAAAAAGGUUCAAAAAUUUACCACGAAUAAUGAUCAUAUCGAUUAUGACAUUUAUGACAUGGGCGAAAAUGACCUCACGUCGCACCCAAUGUAAAUGUGUAGUGGACUAAUUUUUAAUAAUUCUAAAAGGAUCAUGAUGGAAUAUAACUGAAACAAUCGAGGAUUCAAAUGAACGCAGCGUCGGAUCGUAGCCCUACAAUAUAAGUACAGCAAACAAUAGGUAGAUAACGCUUAGAACGUUUGCGGUAGACGGUCACACUUCGUUCACUUUUUUGUUUGCCAAUGCCAUAGCUGCAUGGGAACGUGAGGUUCCACUGUGCGCCUACGAUGUGCGAAAAAGUACUCCAAAAAAAAAUCAUCAUCCGACCGUUUGCAACAAUCGUUUGUAUUAUGAGUUUCUGUAUGUGUGCGUGUACCAAUCAUAACGGAGCUGGAAGCUUUGAGAUAAUUAUCUCAUAUUUAGCAAACGGUCUCUGUUUACAGAUGCUGAAUUCAGGAGGUUCUUCCAUGAACUAAACACAAACUUUUUUUAUGUUAGAUGACAAUUUGCACGGGGGGCCAGUUGGUGUGAAAGUUAAAAUGAAAACUAUUACAGCGGGGGAGUUAUGUGAUAGCUGGCAAUACGUUGCUCCUCUAGAUCGCGUAAAAGUCCAAAUGAUUAUAUUACUUAGAUUCAAGAUAGUUGACGAUUGAAGCGUGUAGAUAUAUGAUGGACGUACGGCCGCGUACCAUAGGCACCAGUGAACUACACGAUAUCUAUUAUUAGUAUUACUAUUUUUAUUGUAAAUCAGCCGGUCUGAGAGGCACACAGCCAACCAUUCGUAUACAUUGACCUAGUUGUGAACCGUCUAUCGAGUUUAGUAUAGUCUCUACGCCUCACCGAUCUUAAUUUUCGUGAUAUAUUUUUUACAGCUUUAUUUACCGAAUGUGUUUAUCUGUAAAAGUUGUAUUGCAGUGCCUAUGCACCGAAAUACAUGUCCAGCAGAAGAUCGUACGCAGAUAUCAGUUUCAAGGAAUAUGGCAACUUGCACUUACGCUAAAAUUUUCUGCGGAAGAUAACCAUACGAUGCUGCCAGCAGUUUUGGUCUUCUGUCCUCUAAAUAAAACCAUUAUUAAUCCUGAUGACUGAUUGGUCGACAGAAGAACCCGAUUAUAGAGGGCUUCUCUAUAUCAUUUGUUGCCCUUAUCCAAGUAUAUCUCACGAAGCAUCAAAACAGCAGGGAAGCUCGAAAAGCCGAUUGGGAGGUUUCAUCCCUACAUUCCGCCGCAGUAAUGUAUGUUCACUUUAUAACUGAAGCCUGAUCAUCAUCAUCGGCAGCUGAUUACCGAUUCGUUGAUCUAACACAUAUCUGUGCUUGAAGUACAUCGUUCUGGUCUACUCGUUGUGGAUAAUAUCACUAGCAUUUGAAAUGCGUACCAUCUUCUGCCUCGUUAGGAUCCACCUGGAUAUUCCCCACCCUAUCACUAUCUGCUAAAAAAAAACAGCACGAUACUUUCGUGCUGCACAGUUUCCAAUUAGUUUUUUCGAACGAAGUGGGUAAAGUUGUUCCCAGCGGCAGAGUAUCUGCUAGCACCGCCGUGCCACACGCUCACACUGACCCACGUAGGCCCAAAUGUGUUUGUUUUGUGUAUGUGUGUCAGCGUUCUGGGCAAACCUGAUGAUUCAAUAAGUGUGUAUAUGUGCUUUGUACAUCUCUUUGGACAUAACUCUACGGGAAAAUGUCAACUGGAAAAACAACCCAUUUAGGUCUGCAUUUUUGAAUUCAGUGAAUCGAUGAUGACUCUUGAAGUUUUGCUGCGUCGCAAAUGUAGUGAAGACUGCGCAGAGUCGGUCACCUCGUACAAAUGGUGAUCCACUAGAUUUUGAUGGAUCAGAGUGCAAACCACAUGCUGGCAUGAAGUGUUUUUCCUCCUCUGAAAGAGGAGUACCCUUUCUAGGAGUGCGCUUACAGCAUCGCUGUUUGUUUAGGCUUAGUUUGUCUAUAAAUUGUUCGUAACAAAAUGGAGCCACACGAAACAGCUUUAGCUUUGGGCUGACUUCUUGUGGCUUUUAUGUUACCUUCAGUUUCGGUUUUAAGCUAAAUCCAUCAAUAGUUUAACUUUAUAAUUUCACUAUAACAAGUUUAAAGAACCGUUUAGAGCAAGCUUGCCAAGUGGCUUGCCACAUGGAAUUAUUCAUCGCUCGCCCUUCCCCUCUCCCUAUCUAUCGAUAAUGCGCCAAUAAAGCUGUGUACUAUUAACUGCCAUUAGACAGAAAACAAGCUUUCCUUUCGCUUCUUUGAGGCUCUUUCUUGAACGCCCGACGAUCGACCCAAAAUGAUCUUGCCAUUGUUUGUUGAUCGUAGUAUCCAGGAGAUCAAUAUAAGAUAAACCGAACACACCAUAUACAAAAACUAUGUAAUAUAAUUUAGAACAACAGUAAUAUUCAUACUGCUGAUAGGGUGACAUCAACAAAACACAGCGAGGGUAGAAGGUCGCUAGAAUCUUCCGCAAACAACAUUAUCUGCAUCGUAAUAACAAUGACAAUUGUUCUAGAUUGUAGCGGUACGGACGGGUGACCUAUGAAUGCGGAUACGAAAAUAAUGGAUGGUAUGUGUGAGAGUAAUGUUUCCGUAGAAUUUAAUAGUUGUCUUCGAAGAAAUUGGGAUCAUCUGAGAAAAAUCUCUCUGUUCGUCUGUCUCAUGAGAGGGCUGAACAAAUGAGUAGAUUACAUGCAGAAAGAUGUUGGCGAUUAAUCGGUCGACUGGCGCUGACAUGAGUUAUUUGUCGGUGUAUCCGCGGGAACAGGCCUUUCAUCGAUGUCCGCCACAAUUAACGGAUGUCCUCCAGCCUGAGUGGGUUUAGUCUGCAAUGGAUAGACGUUGCUUUCAUUGUAUCAGCUAUGAUACUUUCCGCUUGUUACUCUAAAGCUACGUGCAUUUUGAAAGGAAGCAUAAUAAAGAAGCGGCCUGAUUGAUUAGCUCGCUAGAUGACGAAGCUGUCCGCAAGUUACCCUCAUAAUCACCAGGUCAAUUCCCGGGUAAAUGUUUAACGAAUAUCAGCUAUACGAUAUGAUAUAGAAUGGUUUAACGAAUACUCGACCACCGAACAGCGAAAAUCUCUUUACAAUAUAGUAUUCAGCAAAGCCACUGGUAAUAGGGUGCGGUCGCGUCGAGAAGCGUGCGUGAGCCCGCCAUCUUAGCUGACGCCGUCCCGCUAGAUUUAACUGUUCUCCUUCUAAUUAUUCCCCGAAAACUAUACUACAUCGUAGAGCUGACUGACAUAGCUGUAACAAAUGGUUAGCGACCGCGCACUUCUUCACCCACAUCCGCCGCACAUCCAGUCGUGUAUACACACAUCUGUAUAUAAUAACCAAUCCGUUAAUUUAGCGAGCAGAAUUAAUCAAGAAUAACUGCUUGUUAUAUUGAAGAUUGAGCACAUAACAGGCAGACAACUUACGAGAGCGAACAAAUCCCCAUGGCAAAUAUCGUCUACCCACAAGCAUUGCAAAAUCAGUGCUCUGUCCUCCUCUUACAGCGCGUACCUACAUUCAAUAACGUAUAGCAGACGAUACUGGAUUGUUCUACCAGUCUAAGUGGCUGGCGCAAGCGAGGCAAUUUAUUAUACAGUAAAACCGCUAUCUACCAUCACAUCAUUGCAAUGUAGAUAUUUUACCGUCCUUAAUAAUGAAAACUAGUGCGACAAUAGCGACGACGAAUGGCGUAUGCCAAUUACGCAAUAGCAUAUCGAAGACGCUAAGAACUGUUAACGGGCCUGUAAAAAAUAGUGCCGCCUUAAGUGGCUCGUUCACGCCAAAUACAGGUGCGCUGUAUUCUGUUAUCAACGAUAAUUAGCUAUAUAAAUGCUUUACCUCCUGACUACUACUAGCUACUUCUUAUUCGACUAUUGAGUAACCGCUCUUGAAUAGUUAUCAACUGCCGCCUCACAAACGAAACACUACAAUUUGACUAGCGGCUAACGUUGACUUGCUCAACGACACGAACUUUUCAGAUACUCAAGAUAACAGUAUUCGAUUGUCUAUGUAUAAAUACCUUUACAUUGGCAAACAUCGGCAUACCAUACGAUUGGUGACAUGAACUAUGGCCAGCACUAUGUAUAAUAAUGACGAAAACUUGCUCUACGUUAAAAUUGCCAACUUUAAUAGACAAAUAUACGCGUAGCAGCAGCAGCAUCGGGAGGUAGGUUCAGGGGGACGAUUCUGAACGAAGUGAACGCGGGAAGGAGAAGGAUAGGUCGACGGGCUAUGCGGCUUUAGCUUCGGAUGCGUUUGUGUUCCAUUGUAUACAAGGAUACAUAGCACAGAAGAUAUAACAGCGUGUCGUUCAAGCCCGUUCCGAUCAUCAACGAAUAUAUAACAAACCAGCAUCCGAAUGGAGCAAGUCAAACACGUGUCACAUAGAGAAGGAAAAGGAUUUAACUAGCGAUCAUGUAGAAACAGUAACUGUGAUAAUAACAAUAGUGGUGAUACUCACCACUAUUUAAAAUAUAGCAGGGCGUAAGUUCUAAACUCGCAGAUACUAUCAUCCUUGUCCUUCGCCCAAGAUACAACUAAUACGAGUUAAGAUGGUCAGUUAGUUCCUGUUUCUCAUCAUCAGGCAUACCAUUAUUAUUAUUCUGUAAUGAUGUAUGCGUAUUUAAAAAUGACACUUACAUAACACCGACGAACGGACGCUUUAUGUACUGUGUUUUUGUAGAAAAACGAAAAACAAGCAUAAGCAGGAAAGCGAAACUAGGUAAUAAUCGAUCCGGAUGUCUGUAGACUGCAUGAAGAUCUGUAUGUUCUAAGAAAUUAGAUCAACGAAAGGACAAUUAUACAGUAUUCUUCCGAAGUAUGCUACAGACAAGAAAAGUAUACGAUUUUCAAUGUAAUGACUGAAAGAAGAUGAUUGUAACUGUCAUCUUUAUGACAAGUCCCUAUUGCGUACUCAUCUGAUUCACUAUGAACGUAGGAAGAGUUACGUAUUGGCAACAAGAUUCUGCUACAAGUACAUCAAAUGCCGAAUUCUGUAAAAGAAAAAAAAUACGCCAUUCCAAUUGUGUCCAUGUGUGAUAACAUCUAACGACAAAAAAGAACAUUUAUAUAUGCCAUUAAUGCCAACUAAUUCGCCCGGCUGUACCAACUGAAUCGCCAAAUGACAUCAAAUAGAGGUCAACAGCAACGAUCUCCGACCGGGCACAAUCCACAACAAGUUACCGAGCAAAAAAAAACCAGCAUAAACACUAUCGGUAAAAACAACCACUGGCAUAAUAACAACGACCAUCUAAUGUGCCAUACCCACUACCAAUUACUAUAUAAGAACUAUACGAUUAAACAGCAGUAGCAUGAAACAACAAAUAACUUAUACAAGCGAACAACAGCGACAGAUGUCAAAGUCAACCACGAACGAAGUCAGCCAGGACAGGGGCGUGUAUGUAUGUCUGUGUGUCAAUUAUUAAGAUAAAUGUCAGUAACUUAAAUGUCUCCCAAAAACGUCACGUACCACAAGUACCUACAUACAUGCACUUUGUAUAGUUCUGGCUCAGCGACUUCUUUCUCGGAUCAAACGUUACUAUGAUUAGUAACAUCUGAUCAAGCUGUUUUAAUCCAUAUGUGUCAAAAUAACUGACAACAACACGCAGAAGCAACAGCAGCAGCAAAUACAGAACAACACAAUCGCAAGCAGGAAAUGAAAAUUGACUUUGAGAUUAAGUUACGAUUAAAUAGUACCGAGCCAAAAAAAAAAAAGCAAAUGAAGUACUCUAUUAUAUUGCGCAGCUCAGGUUAAUCUUAUGCUAAGAUUGCUAUCCAUUCAGUAGCAGCAAAGUGAGCCAAAUAGAAUCAAUGGGAUCGUGCAAAUGGUCCGCAGGAUCUCAAUACAAACGAGAUGCGAAUAUACGAAGAUGUGUAUAUCGAUUGUUCUUAGCGCAAUGGCGGCUUACAAGCCAAUAGCUAUUCAAUUUCAUAGGUAACUUCAAUCCCUCAAGUGGGCCUCAUUCUGGAUCAGCAACGAAAUUGGCUAAAGCUAUAACCGAUUCGAAUAGCAAAGUAAGAUGGUUGUUCUCACAUCUCCAUAUGUCGGAUAUUCUGCCCCUAAUUGACUGGCUUUUUUGAAAAAGUAAAUUAACACGGUUUCAUAGAUGGCAGAGCUUCCUAAAAAGCAACUCCCUCAGCGUUAGAGCGGUCGCUGUUUCCUCUAGUUAUCAAAGAAAGAAAUCUAUUACUAAUAGUCAGCAGUGGAAGGAAGCGGCACGCGUCCGGAGUUAGGUUGCGAUGAGCUCUCAGGCUUAAAUAUCGUCACAGAUUUAAUGGCUUGCCAACCUGGUGACGUCAACCUUGCGUUACCAUAAGCCACGUGGUUACUAAGGGUGCUUUUAUGCCGACUCGCGCCAAAAAUCAGCGUAGCGGGCUCAUAGCCUAAAUAACAGAGUAGGCUUAACGUAACCAGCACUAACAGCUCAAAUCCCGCCGCUUGUGCCUUCCAUCUGCUCCACUGCAACGACAUAGCCCUGCAAAAAGAAACAUUGUUUAAGCCUUCACUAAGGGGCUGGAUUAGUCAGAGACAAGCAAGUACUGUGAAGGUCGACCGCCUGACGGAAGAGGGGGCCCCUGUCGCCUAGACGACCACCAAACUGUCCGCUGUGACACGAACAUCGGAAUAAUGCGACUACAGCUUUGCGAACUGUUCCAUCUGUGUCGCUCUGCGUUUUCGUAUAUGGUGGUAACAAAUGGGAUCGACAAGGACCCGCUAUCGUAGAAUAGAUGCCCGUACUUAGCUUUCCUAGCCAGACAGGUCAGAGUCCUUCGUCUCAUGGGAAUGUAUCGCUAUUACAUCGAGACGAUAGCUGUUGGAUAGGUUACCCAAUAAAAGAGUUAAAGCUCAAUCAACACUAUGCCAAUGACGGUCUGAGAGGAACACGAACACCAGUUACCAGAGCACGCGUACUUAAACAACAACAAUGUACAGGAACAACAAUGUCUGGAACAACGAGCUCCACUCGCUGUAAAGUCAAUUAACAAGUUGAACAUUCGAGAUCACUGAUUAGCUACGAAGAACUACAAUGUCGAAAAGCAUAUCUCGAUCAUCUGAUGGUCGGGAUUCAACGGAUAACCAUAGUUAUGGUAUAGUAGACACCCACAAGGUGAAGGCUUACGUUGAAGCAAAUGAUGACAGUCGUCGUCCGUCAAGCAGGUGGCUGGAAUCGUUUGCAAACAUCGAUGUGAGUUAGGACGAGAAGCGUUGCCUAAUUGCUAAAGACAGCAAUAGUUGGACAAUAUGAAAGCCUGCCUCUACCAAGGGUUAACGAAAACACAAUCGCAAGCCUCAACAAAUUCCGGAACAAACAAAUACGAAUCUCAAAUUCCUUUCCAACUUAAAGCCCGAGUAAAAGGCAUAGAUAAUAUUACACGAUGACGAUGAUGAUGAUAAUGAUGAGAAAAGUAUCGACAGAGUGUACCGUCCGAUCCCUGCGCCCUCUGGCUGGGCCAAUGGUCGGAUUCUUGACACGCCUCUUCUUCCCUCUGUGUUUGGCAUUAAUACCACACCCAAGUAACAGCCACACCAACCACCAUUAACCAGACAACAUCAGCAACAGUAUUUGCAAUAACAACAACAAUAACAAAUUGUUGCAACUUAUUAUGAGUGCAUCGUAACAACAGGACAAAUAAGAAUGGAUAACACUGGCUGUUCUAACAACUACGACGACGUAGACGUUAACGACGAUGCGCCAGUCGAACUGCUCGGCCCCUUUCGUCUAUCGGGAGCCAGUGGGAGACAUGCCGCAUCGUCAAAAAAUCAUUACACAGAUAAGAAAAAAAAAAAA